ACUGUCGCAAAUGAAGGAAGUGCACUUGUGUGUUGGAGGGUGACGCAGCUUCUUAUUGCGGAGCCGCAACUUUCACUUUCAUUUAUCAGGAAAAACAGCGUCUAAAGAAGCGAAGCAGGGGCGGAAGAUCAAAAUGUCAGACACCCACCAUGAAGAGCUCGUGGAACGUGAACGCAAUGACAACAUGAACCAAGAUGAAGAUGGAGCUCUCAUUGUUCUUUCACUGAAGUGGAUAAAGCCUGAUGAAAUACAAAAUAUGAAAAGGUUGGGGACUAGUCUAAAUAAAAUGCUUCAGUCUUGGUUCAACAAUCAAAAACUUAAAGUGGACUGCUCAGUGGAAAGGAUCAUAUUUGAUGGGUGUGUUUUGAUAAAGACUAAACCAGCUCCAGCCAUCAUUGAGCUUCAGAAACUGAGUAAACAAACACUAACUGGGAGAGAUGGAAAUUCAGUCACCAUAACUGGCAUUAGUCUGACCCUGCCGUCUGCAGAGGUUGAUACACAAGUACCAGCGGAUGCUUCAUUAAACCUUCCUACUUGUGGGCCAGAGCCACAAACUGACCAAGUUCAACCAGGGAAGCAGAGUAACGCAGGUCCUGCUGCCGGAGAACAGAGUGGCACUUCUUCAAUGUCAGAGCCACAAACUGACCAAGUUCAACGAGAGAAGCAGAGUAACGCAGGUCCUGCAGCUGGAGAAGAGAGUGGAACUUCUUCAAUAUCAGAGCCACAAACUGAGCAAAUUCAGCUGGAGCAACAGAGUAACACAGCUUCUGCAGCUGAAGAGAUGCACUCUUGUUCUCUCCCAGUGGGUCAUUUCUGGUAUGUGAACCACAUGUACAAGGAGGAAAUGAAACACAUAGAGAAAAAGAACGGAGUUAAAAUCAGGGCAGAGGUGAAGGUGAAAUUAGAAUUAGACCAGAAAGAUGGGAGCAAAGACAAAGCUCUCAAUGAGUUCAUUAACCUGGUCCAGAAAACCACAGCUGAAUCCAGUGGUUCAGUUAUUCCUCUCAAGUCCACAGCUCCAGAUCAGUGGAGGGAUGCACUGAAAACCAUCCAGAAAAAGGAAAACAAGCUUUUGAUUACUCUCACCUCUGAAGAAAUGACUGUAUGUGGGCCAAGACAAAGUCAAGAGGUCAUCAGAAAGUUCUUAAAUGCAAAUGCACAGCAGAAAAACACAAAUGUUUCUCUUGAAGAGAAUGAAAGAGAGAAUGAAGACACAUCACUGAAGAUUGACAUGUCCAAUAAAGAUCAUCUCAUGCAAACGGGACUAACCAUGGAGGAAAGCUACUGGAAGCUGAUGAAUAGCUCUUACAGUGAGAACGUAGCAAAGAUCAAAGAUAAGUUUAAUGUGGAACUGAAAGAAUCAGAUGCCGGUCAAGGCAAAGUCACUGUCAAAGCUUUCUACAAAAAAGAUGAAGGAAACGCUUCUAUGGAGAGCCACGCUCUAAGAGGUCUUUUUCAUCUGUAUCAGAAAAUCGCCACAUCCCCCAUGAGCUUCUCUCAGGCCCCUGCUACCUCUGGAAACUGGAGUUGGCCAUGGUCAUGGUACUUCUUAUUGCGGAGCCGCAACUUUCACUUUCAUUUAUCAGGAAAAACAGCGUUUAAAGAAGCGAGGCAGGGGAGGAAGAUCAAAAUGUCAGGCACCGACGGUGAAGUGCCCAUGGACGUUGACAAAAAUUACGACCCGAACCAACCUUUUCUUAAGAGUAAAAACCAGCAACAUCCAACAUUUACUGAUAAACCUGCUGCAGUAAGUGUUGUGGAUGAAGCUGAAGCUCUCGCUGUUCUUUCACUGAAGUGGAUAAAGCAUGAUGAACCAGGAAAUAUGAAAAAGCUAGAGACUAGUCUAAAUAAAAUGCUUCAGUCUUGGAUCAACAAUCAAAAACUUAAGGUGGACUGCUCAGUGAAAAGGACCUUAACUGAUGGGUGUGUUGUGAUAAAGACUGAACCACCAACAGCCAUCAUUGAGCUUCAGAAACUGAGUAAACAAACACUAACUGGGAGAGAUGGAAAUUCAGUCACCAUAACUGACAUUAGUCUGACCCUGCCGUCUGCAGAGGUCAAUACACAAGUACCAGCGGAUGCUUCAAUAAACCUUCCUUCUACACAGCCAGAGCCACAAACUGACCAAGUUCAACGAGAAAAGCAGAGUAACGCAGGUCCUGCUGCUGGAGAAGAGAGUGGAACUUCUUCAAUAUCAGAGCCACAAACUGAGCAAGUUCAGCUGCAGCAACAGAGUAACACAGCUUCUGCAGCUGAAGAGAUGCACUCUUGUUUUGUCCCAUUGAGUCUUUUCUGGUAUGUGAACCACAUGUACGAGGAGGAAAUGAAACGCAUAGAGAAAAAGAAUGGAAUUAAAAUCAAGGCAGAGGUGAAGGUGAAAUUAGAAUUAGACCAGAAAGAUGGGAACCCAGACAAAGCUCUCAAUGAGUUCAUAAACCUUUUCCAGAAUAACACAGUUGAAUACAGUGGUUCAGUUAUUCCUCUCAAGUCCACAGCUCCAGAUCAGUGGAGCAAUGUACUGAAAACCAUCCAGAAAAAGGAAAACAAGCUUUUGGUUACUAUGACCUCUGAAGGAAUGACUGUACGUGGGCCAAGACAAAGUCAAGAGGUCAUCAGAAAGUUCUUAAAUGCAGAUGCACAGCAGAAAAGAAACACAAAUGUUUCUCUUGAAGAGAAUGAAAGAGAGAUUUGGGACACAGCACUGAAGAUUGACAUGACUACCAAAGACCAUUUCCCAGAUGCAGGAUUAAUCAUGGAGGAGAGCUACUGGAAGCUGAUGUCUACCUCUUACAAUGAGCAAGUAAAAAGAAUCAAAGAUAAGUUUAAUGUGGAACUAAAAGAAUCAGACAUCAGUCACGGCAAAGUCAGUAUUAAAGCUUUCUACAACAAAGAUAAAGGAAAUGCCUCCAUGGAGAGCCACGCUCUCAAAGCUCUUCUCCGUCUGUGCCAGAAGAUUGAUGCAUCCCCCAUGAAGCUCUCUCUGUUCAAUGGUGCCAGUGGACCCAGUGGCUCACUGAUGAACACAAACAGCAUUUCUCAACCAGAGGGGGCCUCCAAUGAGCUUGUGUUAAAUGGCCAAUCAGCAAACAGGAAGCACAAUGCUGAUGCAUCCCAAGGAGGCGGAGCAACAGCAAGAGAUGGUGAAGCAGAAAAAUGCUCUAUAUGUUUGGAUACGUUUAAAAACAAGAAACAGCUCAAAUGUAAACAUGAAUUUUGUGAGGAAUGCCUUCAACAAGCAAAGGAUGUGAAUGGGCCCAUUUGUCCCAUAUGCAGAGUCGUCUUUGGCAUGAUAACAGGAGACCAGCCUGAUGGAAAAAUGUCACACUAUACAUUGCACGGUUCCCUCUCUGGAUUCCCAGGCUGUGGCACUAUAGUUAUCAGCUAUGACAUUCCAAGUGGAAUACAGACGCAAAAACAUCCCAAUCCUGGACAGCACUUUUCAGGUAUUUCCAGAAGAGCAUAUCUGCCAGACAACAGUGAGGGCAAAGAAGUGCUGCAACUGUUGAAAAGAGCUUUUGACCAGAAGCUCAUUUUUACUAUUGGAACAUCCAGAACAACUGGAAGGGACGACCAGGUGACCUGGAAUGACAUUCAUCACAAAACAUCCACAACAGGAGGGCCACAAUGGUUUGGGUAUCCUGACCCUGAGUACCUGAGCAGAGUCAAAGAGGAGUUAAAGGCGAAAGGCAUCGAGUGAAGACUUUGAUACAAAAUGCAGCUGAAUGAUAAAGAAGUUAAAAACAAGACGACUUAUUAAACAGACACUGAUGUUCAAAUAUACUGCUUUACUCUUUUCUCUGUUAAUGUUUCAUAUACUCAGUAUGGGUUGCAAUUGAGUUUAUUGAUUAGCAACAUAUCUACACUUAUGUAGCCUGAUUUUCUUUGGAUUACUUUUUUUGUUUUACAUCAUUUAACAACAUUGGGAUUAAAUUUGCAUAAACAUACAUGUAAGCUCAGGUCUUCACUGAUGAUGAUCUGAUUCACUGUUUGCCUAAUAAACGUUUACCUGAACCCA